AUGGCACCCUCGCACGACGCCGCCGCUGCUGACGGGUCUGAAGAUGUCAACGACUUUCUUGAACGCAUACGGGAACUAGGCAAUAAGCGGGAUAAGGAAGACGAGGAGCGCACGCGAAAGCUGGAGGAGGAGAUACUGCAGGGCCGCCGGGAGAGACAGGCCAGGAGAGCUGAACGCGCCCGAUCAAUUUCUCCCACCAAGGAUUCACCCCUCCAGCAACAGCUAGACGACCUGAUACAAAAGGACUCGCGCCCAUCGACACCGCGAUCCUACUCGAUACACCCUCCCGUCGACCUUCUACCAUCCUUCUCUGCCUCGAAAGAUAGCAGUGGCUUCCCGAGACGCGAUUCCGAGGCGCGUCAGCUAGAAACUCACCCCAAGGAGUCCUCCGUUGAUAUCAUGAAGUCGCCCGCUACAGGUCGGCCAUUGUCCUGGAAACAGCGCCCUGGAUCGCGAGACCUUGGCUCACCGACUCCUGUUUCUCCGAAACAGGCUGUGGGAGAAGAAAAACCUGUUACCGAGACGAAAACGCCGACCGAGAGCGACGUUGCUGUAUCUCGAACGCAGAUUGCACAAUCCCUUGGAUCAAAGGAUCCAUCUUUCUUUAAACAAACUAGUGACAGGGGAGAGGGCUCUCGUGCAUAUCGGAGAGCGCACAAUUCUUCUUUUUCUGAAGCCACUAUGGGUCGACCGAAUGUAAAGCUGCCAGGGCUGAGCCGAGAAGCUGUCAGUGAUCUGGGUGUACCACCUGCGUCUGAUCUUGGUGACGAGAGAUCGCGUUCACCUUCGAGAACAAGUUCUGUAUAUGGAGCCGGUAGCUUUGGGAACCGAUACUCAAGUAUAUCUUCCGUAUCAACAGCGGCAGGGUUAGGAUCGCCUAUUCCAUUAGCAAGCCCACGCAGGCACGAACGGGCACCAUCCAUCUAUGAGGAACAGCAGCAGCCGGGUGAACACUUGACAAUGUCCCCAACUCAAGGUCGGAUUGCUUCUGACCGUCCUUCUUCACCAACUAAGGGCCUUGGUGGUUUCGUCCAGAGUGCCAUGCUUAAACGGUCUGACAGCGUUUCCAAACGGUGGAGUGCCCAACUCCCUUCGACCACGCUUCGAGGGACCAACUCUAGACCUCUCCCUUCUCCAGGAAUGUCUCCUGAAGGGUUUUCAGGACUGCCUACAUCCAGACCUGGUUCGCGGCCUGACUCGCGACCUGGAUCUAGCCACAGUGAAGCCACUGUGGUUCGCAAUGAUGGGGACGACGCAUCGACAUUUAACAGGUCCACAGAUGCUUUUGUACGGCCGCCAUCUCGACGCAAGGAAUCCGUUAGUACUGCCAGUGGACGGAAUACGGACCUCCCUGUAAGUCCAUCUAAGACAAUGGAUCCAAGACGAUGGAGCCCAACGAAAGCCUCAUGGCUAGAGAGUGCACUGAGCAAACCGGAAUCUCCUAAGCCUAAACCUCGCGUACCAGAGGAACCGGAGUGGAAGAAGGGUCUUACGGACAGGCUUCGAAAGGCAAAGGAGUCGAAUAAUACAGAGAAAGGGGAGCAUUCUGAGCCCGAGAAGGUCGUGACGCCUACCGGUAGCCAGAAAUUUGAUGACCCCCAGAGCUCACCAGAGAAAGCAGAGGGUCCGUUAGUGAAGUCACGAUCUGAUUUGGAAGUAGAGCUGCCUAGAGAGUCCGGCGAGACUAAACAAUCCAGCGCGUCUGAGGAUCGUUCCCCCAAGGAUCCAGUUAAGACACCCCCAAUUCCACCAAAAAGUGAAUCCUUGAAAGCAGAAACAAAAGGACCAAGCCUUUCUCCUACUCUUCCAUCUACGCAAGAUACCCCUGCAUCCAAACCGGCUACCUCCAACGUAAAAUCAUCUCAGAUAGAUUUUCGCGCCAACUUGCGCCGUCGUGAAACUACUGAUGACAGCGCAAAGAAAGAUGAACCGGAGUUCAAAGCAGUUUUUGGUAGAUUACGGAGAGCCGAAACUAAAAAUUAUGUUGCCCCUGAUGAACUCAAAGGCAAUAUACUUCGCGGCAAAGCCGGGCUGACUACCACAGGUGGCCCUAAGAAAACAGAAAGAGUUGAUGAAUUCAAAGAAAGUAUCUUGAAGCGCAAGGAGGCGAUGAAAGCUGGCGGAGGCUCCAUCCGUCAAGACCCUAAUGGCCUAGGAAACAACCCACCACCACAGCAGACUACGCCAGAGGCUAUUUUGAUGAGGAAGAAUUUGGGUAGAUCGAAUAGUAUAAGGAGUACUACCGGAUCCAAGAACCCGCCUGCCAAACCGCUAUCGAAACCCUUAGCCAUCCAAGCACCUUCUGCAGAGGAGCCUCCAGAGGAGAUGAUGAAAGAGAACCAAAAACCUCAGAGCCUGCAAUCGUCGCAGGAAAAGUUCACUCUUCCAUCGCCGCCUGCAGAGACUCGUGCUGUCCCUUCCGCUGCGAUAGCUGCUACUCCAGUUUCCACUCCUGGGCCAAGCAAUGAUACUACGUCUCCAACUGUGAAAGGGAAACUCGGGAACCGCAUGAACCCCAUGUUGGCAAAUCUUAUUGCUCGAGGGCCUCCAGCUCCGUCUAAGGGUCCCUCUCCAUCAAUUCAAUCGUCGCAAUCAACGGAAUCGUCUACAUCAGAAACGUUAACUCAUAUCACGAAAUCUCGCGCCAAAGGGCCCAAGAGACGCCUGCCUAAAAAUGCGAAAAAGGAGUCCACCUCUCCGGUAGCCCAGUCAAACGAUACUACCAGCAAAAAACUGCCUGAAACUAAGCCAAUAUUUGAAGAUGACCUUUCACCAAGCACGGUUACGGAACCAAUUUCUAUACCGAAGCCACUAGGAUCCACAGCCAGAAACAGAUUUCUAGCCUCGAGUGCUGACGAAAAGAGCUCCAAUGCUUCACUUGCCACGUCCCUACCUUCUACUCCCUCGAUAGAGCGCCAGACGCCUAAUAAGCCAGACCUUACGAUACCCAUCCGAUCGAACAGCAGUCCUAAUGUCAACAAGGAUAAACCCAGCCCUCCCCCAAAGUCCGCAACUCUCUCUACUUCCCCGCUCAGUUUUAAGAAGCCAGCUCAGAUAGAUGACUAUCCCAAACCUCAAGUGGCUCAAUCGGCAUUUACACCAGAGAAGAAGCAAUACCCGACGGAAGCCAAGGUCUCCCUCGGCAAUAGCACUCCCACACCUAGUACCGCAAGGGCCGGGCAAACAGAGAGCACCACUUUGGCUCCGCCACGUCAUGGGGCGCCACCCCGGAAACCUGCCUUCCUAUCAAAUUUAAAUUCGGCUCGAUCUAGAGAGCAAUCACGUUCGCCUUCUCCAACGAAAACACCAGCCUUUGCUCAAAGUUCUGAGGUCUCUCAGAUAUUCUCCGAUUUCUUCCUCAGCAAGCCUAGCGCCGAUGAUAAGGUAGAGAUUGAUCCCCAGUCUGUCAUGCUGGCAAGACCUGAAACGUUCCCGAAGAUCAAAACCCUUGCAAAGCAAGUUUGGGAGUUAACUGGUGAUGGAAAGAGGAGAGACCUACCAAGUGGCCAGGAGUAUAUCUUGUUUGAUGAAAGUAUGUACCUAUGUGUCCAUACGUUUGAAAAACCGGCUGGCGGAAGAGCAACAGAAGUUCAUCUGUGGUGUGGUGAUGGAGUUGGCGAAGCAACUGCCGAAGACGCUCAAUUAUUUGCCCGCAAAGUCGCAAGAGAGCAUAACUGUAAACUCGAGCUCUUGAAGCAAGGAAAGGAGACGCCAAAUUUCAUGCAAGCUCUUGGAGGCAUUAUGAUCACGAGGCGGGGGCCAAGCAGUCGGUCCGACUCUUCUGCUCUCUAUAUGCUUUGCGGAAGGAGACACAUGGGCCAGAUAUCAUUCGACGAGGUUGAUCUAGCGAUCAGCAAUCUCUGUUCCGGCUUCACGUAUAUAAUAUCUGCCAAGAAUGGCAAAUUAUUCCUGUGGCAAGGACGGGGAAGUACGGCUGACGAGAUUGGAUGCGCACGACUGAUUGGAAUGGAUAUCGGCCCUACUGGUGAUAUUGAGGAGGUAACCGAAGGCCAGGAACCGAGUUGCUUUUUCGAAUCCUUCCCAAGUUCCGGCCAAGAAACAAGUGUGCCGCCGUCAGCAGACUACUGGCAGUUAAAGCCCAAGCACGAAAAGUACCACUGCCGAUUAUACCGCAUUGAUCAUGAACUUGGUCAAUGGUUUGGAGCUAGCUUUUUCAACCGUCGGGGCGCUUCGUCCCCGGUAUCUCGACCAAAUGAUACAGUGCAGGAAAUUGAACCGUUCUGCCAACGUGACUUGGAUCCAGCACAUAUCUACGUCCUCGAUGCGUUCUUUGAGAUCUAUGUCAUUGUUGGUGAACGAUCAAAUGCGCGUUCAGCGGAGUUCGCAUCCGCUCUUGUCUUCGCCCAAGAAUACGGCAUUCUCGCCGUUUCGGAACAAGACCGUCCAUUCCUCCCAAAGAGCCAUGUCGUUCUCGAGGGUUUACCGGUGGAGUGCAGGCGUGCAUUCAGGAAUUGGAAUGGCAGACAUUCUACAAGUACACUGACCAAGACUCCCAUCGUCGUUCCGCUGGCCGUGGCAAUCGAUGCGAUCCGGUGA